ACGGGGGGGGGGGGGGUUAGGGUCGAUCCUCAGUGCAAAUACCACGCACCUUUCCUCCCUUAGGGAUUUUUGAUUCGGCCUUCUUUGGGAAGGGUUUAAAACCCUCCUUUUCUUAGAAAACUCCAUGCGAAGGAAGGAGAUCUGACAAAGGGAACGUGACCCGCUCCUUCCCUUCCUCCCUCCCUUCCCCCGCUUUCCGCGGCCUCCAUGAAUAAUUACGAUCCUUCCAGGAGGAAGAGGAAGCGGGCAGGCGGCUCAGGGAAGGCAGGGCGCUGAAUCCAAGGGGGAAAGACAAGACCUCGUCGGGGCCAUCAAGCGAGAAGAGGGAACGGCGUGGGUCAGCACAAGGCCACGCUGCUCCUCGAGUCAUUCAUUCAUUCAUCCAUUCAUUCGCCAGCCUUUGGAAGCAAAGCUCCCUUUCCUCCAUAGCCAUGCGGUGCUGGGAGCGGACUGGGGUCUGGGGAGCCCUCCCAGUCCCGCCCGAGCUCUCCUCCCGACGAAGCUUCGUGCAGGAGUGAAGCCAAAGACCUUCCCCGACGAAGACGAGGACAAGAAGGGGCUGGGAGGGAGCGAUCCCAUGAAAGAGGCGGAGGAGGGCCAAGGAAGAGCCAGGGCCGGGGCUUUGGAAGGGGGAGGCAACGGAGAGAGAGAGAGACCCCAAGAAGUUGAAAUAAGCCGCCAAGGAAGAGAGGAGGGGGAAGAGCGCCCCAAGAAGUUGAAAUAGGAAGCCGGCUCCAUUGAUUCAAUCGUCAAGAGAAGAGGGGAGAGAGCACCCCGAGUUGGAAGAGGAAGCCGAAUUGAAGUUCAUUCAAUCGCCAAGGAAGAGAGGAGCAAGGAGAGCGCCCCAAGAAGUUGAAAUAAAAAGCAGGCUCCAUUGAUUCAAUCGUCAAGGAAGAGAAGAGGGGAGAGAGCACCCCGCGUUGAAGGAGGAAGCCGGACUGAAGUUCAUUCAAUCGCCAAGGAAGAGAGGAGCAAAGAGAGCGCCCCAAGAAGUUGAAAUAAAAAGCCGGCUCCAUUGAUUCAAUCGCCAAGGAAGAGAGGAGGGGCGAGAGCGGCCCAUGAAGUUGAAAUAGGAAGUCGGCUCCAUUGAUUCAAUCGCCAAGGAAGAAAAGGGGGGGAAACGCCCCAAGAAGUUGAAAUAGUAAGCCGGCUCCAUUGAUUCAAUCGCCAAAGAAGAGAAGAGGGGAAAGAGCACCGGGUUGAAGGAGGAAGCCGGAUUGAAGUUCAUUCAAUCGGCCAGAGAGAGCGCCCCAAGAAGUUGAAAUAAAAAGCCGGCUCCAUUGAUUCAAUCGCCAAGGAAGAGAGCAGGGGCGAGAGCGGCCCAUGAAGUUGAAAUAGGAAGCCGGAUUGAAGUCCAUUCCAUCGCCAAGGAAGAGAGGAGCGGGAGUCAGUCCCAUUGAUGCCACACCGAAGGGUCUGCCAGGCGGGGCUUCCUGGCUAGCAGGAAGGGCGCCUCCUCCUGUCCCCUACCCCCUCCCUCAUGGCUUCCUUCCCGGAGGCGGACUUCCAGAUCUGCCCGCUGUGCAAGGAGAUGUGCGGCUCGCCGGCGCCGGCCUCUUGCAACAAUUCCUCCUCGUCGUCGUCCUCCUCCUCGCAGACCUCCAGCUCGUCAGGAGGAGGAGGAGGAGGAAGAGGAGGCAACGCUGGCGGCGCGGGCUGCUCUUCCUCCUCCUCCUCCUCGCAGCGGCGCCUGCUGGUGCUGCCCUGCUUGCACGCCUUCUGCCGGCCGUGCCUCGAGGCGCAGCGCCACUCCUCUUCCUCCUCCUCCUCCUCCUCCUCUUCCUCCUCCUCCUCGGGGGAGGCUCCUCUCCAGCUGCGCUGCCCCCUCUGCGACCAGAAGGUGGUGAUCUCCGAGCCGUCGGGCAUGGACGCCCUGCCCUCCUCCAACUUCCUCCUCAGCAACCUGCUCGACGUCGUGGUCGCCGCCGCCAACAACGCCAACAACGAGGAGCAGAACAACGGCAGGCCCAGCGGACCCGGGGGAGGGCCGGGAGGGGGGCCGGGAGGAGGCGGCGGCGGCGGCGGCGGAGGGAGCAGCAGCAACAACAGCAGCGGCGGAGGCGCCAACAACAACCGGCACCACCACCACCCCCGGCAGCAGCAGCAACGCCAGGCGUCUUCCUCCUCGGCGAGCGGAGGGGGCUCUUCCCCGGGCUCGUCGUCGCUCCUUCUGCUCCGGAGGCCCCACAGCCGCCAAGGCGGCGAGCCCCGCUGCAGCUCCUGCGACGAAGGCAACGCGGCCAGCGCCCGCUGCCUCGACUGCCAGGAGCACCUCUGCGACAACUGCGUGCGCGCCCACCAGCGCGUCCGCCUCACCAAGGACCACUUCAUCGAGCGCUUCAUCGGGCCCAACGCCGCCCCGCCGCCCCAGUCCCAGACCCACGCCGCCGCCGCCGCCUCCUCCUCCGCCGGGCCCGCCUCGGCCCUCGGCUCGCCCUACAGCAUCCUCGCCGCCGCCUUCCCGGACCGGGCCAGCUACUGCCAGCAGCACGACGACGAGGUGCUGCAUUUUUAUUGUGACACGUGUUCUGUCCCCAUCUGUCGGGAAUGUACCAUGGAACGACAUGUGGGUCACAGCUUUAUCUACCUCCAAGAUGCUUUGCAGGACUCUCGAACUCUAACCAUUCAGCUAUUAGCUGAUGCUCAACAGGGACGCCAAGCCAUUCAGCUGAGUAUCGAGCAGGCCCAAGCUGUAGCAGAACAAGUUGAGAUGAAGGCCAAGAUGGUACAAUCUGAAGUGAAGGCAGUAACAUCCAGACACAAGAAGGCCCUAGAAGAAAGAGAAUGUGAGCUGCUGUGGAAGGUGGAAAAAAUUCGCCAAGUCAAAGCGAAGUCACUCUACCUUCAGGUGGAAAAACUACGUCAAAACCUGAACAAGCUAGACAACACCAUCAGUGCCGUCCAACAAGUCCUAGAGGAGGGUCGGAACAUGGAUAUCCUCUUGGCUCGGGACCGAAUGCUUGCUCAGGUUCAGGAGUUGAAGAAUGUCAGAGGCUUCCUGCAGCCUCAAGAGGAUGACAGGGUCAUGUUCACGCCUCCCGACCAGGCUUUGUAUAUGGCCAUCAAGUCUAUGGGGUUUGUCAGCAGUGGGGCCUUCGCUCCUCUGACCAAAGCCACUGGGGAAGGUCUCAAACGUGCACUUCAAGGCAAAGUAGCCUCUUUCACAGUGAUCGGCUAUGACCACGACGGGGAGCUGCGGCGUUCUGGGGGAGACAUGAUCUCUGCUGUUGUCAUGGGACCGGAUGGGAAUCUCUUUGGAGCAGAUAUUGGUGACCAGCAGAAUGGGACCUAUAUGAUCAAUUACAGGCCACAGAUGGAAGGGGAACACCUCAUUUCAGUCAUGAUGUGCAACCAGCAUAUAGAAAACAGCCCUUUCAAAGUCACCGUCAAAUCGGGCCGCAGCUAUGUUGGCAUUGGACUGCCAGGGCUCUGUUUUGCUAGUGAGGGAGAUGGUGAUGGGAAAUUGUGCCGCCCCUGGGGUGUGAGUGUAGAUAAAGAAGGCUAUAUUAUUGUUGCUGAUCGAAGCAAUAACCGCAUCCAGGUCUUUAAGCCUUGUGGGGCUUUCCAUCAUAAGUUUGGCACCUUGGGCUCCAGGCCCGGCCAGUUUGAUAGGCCUGCUGGUGUUGCCUCAGAUUCAUCAAGGAGGAUCAUAGUGGCAGACAAGGACAAUCAUCGCAUCCAGAUCUUCACGUUUGAUGGCCAGUUCAUUCUGAAAUUUGGGGAGAAAGGAACCAAGAACGGGCAGUUCAAUUACCCAUGGGAUGUAGCAGUAAACUCUGAGGGAAAAAUCCUGGUGUCCGACACAAGGAAUCAUCGAGUUCAGCUCUUUGGUCCUGACGGAGUGUUCCUGAAUAAGUAUGGCUUUGAAGGAGCACUCUGGAAGCACUUUGAUUCCCCAAGAGGUGUGACAUUCAAUCACGAAGGCCAUCUAGUUGUGACAGAUUUCAACAAUCAUCGUCUCUUGGUCAUACAUCCAGACUGUCAGUCAGCCCGCUUCCUAGGGUCUGAAGGCACGAGCAAUGGGCAGUUUUUGCGCCCGCAGGGUGUGGCAGUUGAUCAGGAAGGCCGUAUCAUUGUGGCAGAUUCCAGGAACCAUCGUGUGCAGAUCUUUGAGCCAAAUGGUAGUUUUUUAUGCAAAUUUGGCACUCAGGGAAGUGGCUUUGGUCAGAUGGACCGUCCUUCAGGUAUUACAGUCACCCCAGAUGGCAUGGUUGUUGUGGUUGACUUUGGAAACAAUCGAAUUCUUGUUUUCUAAUCUGUGUUUAUCUGUACUACAAAAAGUCUGUCUCAGGGGGAAAAAAUCCUUUUACGAGAACACACACAAACAUGUUCAAAAUAUUACAAUGUUAGUUCAAACCUACCUCAUCUUUAAUUUUUAUAGAUGAAUGUACUUUCCCUUUUUAUCUGCAGGGAGUGGACCUGUGGUGUUGUUAUGAACUCUUAUCUACCUCAUUAUCUUUGCGUUCUUUUACCUCCACAGUAUACACAGUGCAGUUUAAAAUUAAGCCUCUUUUCCCUGGAUGGGACAUUAAUGCAAAAAACAUGUUUCUGUGCACAUUUAGCUGGUUUAUGUGAUAAAUUCUGUAGGUUCUGCCAAGAAGGCACACACUCAUCUU